GUGAAACUUACAUGUAGCUGCCAUUCAUAUCUUGUUUACAUAUUAAGUCUUUUGUUUACUUUCUGUUUUAUAAGUGCAAAUAAUCAGCAAUUUACUAUUGCUCAUCUGCAAGACCUUGUCAACAAGAAAUACAGUGAUGCUUGUGGUAAACCUAGCAAAGUUCCAUCUUUGAAAGGUGGAUUCGAGGUCCAUGGUCUCCCAGAAGGCAUUCCCUUCAAGAAGCCAUACAACUAUGGGCGGAUUCAGCUCAAAGAGAUGCUGCGUGCAGACAACAUUCAUUUUACCAUUACAUCCACUUCAGCAUGUACAUCUACUUCAGGGUAUACAUCUACUUUAGCAUCUACAUCUACUCCAGCUCCUACAUCCAUUUCAUCAUCUACAUCCACUUCAGCACUUACAUUUACUUCAGCAUCCAUGUCUACAUGUACAUCUGCCAGUACUUCAACAUCUUCAUCUACUCCAUCAAUAAUCACCGGCAGUGCACCUGCAACAUGCUCUGUUGAUAUCGACUAUUCCAGUGCAGCUGGCAUUCAACAUGUUUUGACAAAAAUGUGUGGCAUAGAAGCAGCAAAACAUACACUGGGUGGGGGAAGGAUCGAAGAAGAGGAAGUGUUGGUAGUAGAUUUGUGCCUUUCAGCUCCAGAAAGGCUGACCCUGUAUGCUUCCUGUACCCACCUCUUUACAACAGAUGCCUGGUUAUCUGUUGGUGUGAGCAUGAAGCAUUCUGAUGAGGCAACAAGCUUGGUCUUACCCAUCUACACAACAGCUGAUGAGCAAUUCUGGCUUUUUCACACCAUCUCAAAGCCAACAAGAAUUGUGAAAUUUUUCCCAAGAAAUUUCAAUGAAGAGACGACAAGAUGCAUUAUUCAGUGCUCAUUUUGUCUCAACUGUAAAUGA